UGACUCGAUCGCCGGAAGUCCUCCGAGCCUGGCGGGUCCAGAAAGCCGUCUGUUCGGUUCGGCAGUCAGGAUGGCGGAUCGUGCUGCUCUGGAGGAGCUGGUGCGAAUUCAGGGAGAGCAUGUGCGGAGUCUCAAGCAGCAGAAGGCCAGCGCCGAGCAGAUCGAAGAGGAGGUGGCAAAACUCCUGAAACUAAAGGCACAGCUGGGCCCUGAUGAAGGCAAACAGAAGUUUGUGCUCAAAACCCCCAAGGGCACCAGAGAUUACAGUCCCCGGCAGAUGGCAGUUCGGGAGAAGGUAUUUGAUGUCAUCAUCAGCUGCUUCAAACGCCAUGGUGCAGAAGUGAUUGAUACACCUGUGUUUGAACUAAAGGAAACACUGACUGGAAAGUACGGAGAAGAUUCAAAGCUUAUCUAUGACCUGAAGGAUCAGGGUGGGGAGCUGCUGGCCCUUCGUUAUGACCUCACUGUCCCUUUUGCUCGGUAUUUGGCAAUGAAUAAACUGACGAACAUUAAGCGCUACCACAUAGCAAAGGUUUAUCGCCGGGAUAACCCAGCUAUGACCCGAGGUCGUUAUCGUGAAUUCUACCAGUGUGAUUUUGACAUUGCUGGUCAGUUUGACCCCAUGAUCCCUGAUGCAGAGUGCUUGAAGAUCAUGUGCGAGAUCCUGAGUUCACUUAAGAUAGGCAACUUCCUGGUCAAGGUAAAUGACCGGCGUAUCCUAGACGGAAUGUUUGCCAUCUGUGGUGUUCCUGAUAGCAAGUUCCGAACCAUCUGCUCCUCAGUGGACAAGUUAGACAAGGUAUCCUGGGAGGAAGUAAAGAAUGAGAUGGUGGGAGAGAAGGGCCUUACACCAGAAGUGGCUGACCGCAUUGGGGACUAUGUCCAGCAGCAUGGUGGAGUGUCCUUAGUGGAGCAGCUACUCCAGGAUCCUAAACUGUCCCAAAACAAGCAGGCAUUGGAGGGCUUGGGAGACCUAAAGCUGCUAUUUGAAUACCUGACCCUCUUUGGCAUUGAUGACAAGAUCUCCUUUGACCUGAGCCUUGCUCGAGGGCUGGAUUACUAUACUGGGGUCAUCUAUGAGGCAGUGCUGCUCCAGACCCAAACCCAGACAGGGGAAGAACCCCUGGGUGUGGGCAGUAUAGCUGCUGGAGGGCGCUACGAUGGACUUGUAGGCAUGUUUGACCCCAAAGGGCGCAAAGUACCAUGUGUUGGGCUCAGCAUUGGAGUGGAACGGAUCUUCUCCAUUGUGGAACAAAGACUAGAGGCUUUGGAGGAAAAGGUCCGGACCACAGAGACACAGGUCCUUGUGGCAUCUGCACAGAAGAAGCUGCUAGAGGAAAGACUGAAGCUUGUCUCAGAACUGUGGGAUGCUGGGAUCAAGGCUGAGCUGCUCUACAAAAAGAAUCCAAAAUUACUGAACCAAUUGCAGUACUGUGAGGAAGCAGGCAUCCCACUGGUGGCCAUCAUUGGCGAACAGGAGCUCAAGAACGGUGUCAUCAAGCUCCGUUCAGUGACUAGCAGGGAAGAGGUGGAUGUCCAAAGAGAAGACCUUGUGGAGGAGAUCAGAAGGCGAACAAGUCAGCCUCUCCGCAUCUGCUGAACUGAGGCAGCUAGCAGAGGAAGCGGGGCUGGCGUUAUUUGGGCUAAAACAAAACUGCAUAUGUACUUAAACAGUUUUGUACAUCUCUGUUCCAGCAGAAACUGAAGGAUGGUCAGAAUAGAGGCUUUUUGAGGUUUUAUUAUCUUACUAUUAAUCACUGGCAAAAAAUGGCCAAGUACUACAACACUUUCUAAGGGAGGUAGGGGAGGUAUAGGUAGAUAAUGCUGUCGCUGCCUCAUAAACUUGGGAUGGACCUGAGAUGGCCUCAUAUGCAGAGCUUCACAGCAGAUCCAGCAGAUGUCUCCCCACAACCUACAGCCAAAAGUCCAAUAAAUGUCUCUACAGCUGAA